GUAUUUAUUUUGUCAAAGUGACAACUAUUUCGUGUAUUGAAUAUCGAUUUUUAUUUACUUACAGAUUUCGCUUAGGAAAAUAAUAAGGAAAAACGUAUUAAAAUGGCUAACGACACACCUGAGAGUGAUUUCUCUAUAGAAUGCUUUCAAAACUACUCGGCACCGGAGGUAUUUGUGCAAGGUUUAGCGGGAAUGGUAAACCAGAACGAUGUGGAAACCGUUAUUAGAGCUCAGAAAAAUAUGUUGCAACGUUUUGAGAAGACUACAGAAAUGUUAACAAACUGCAACCAGCUGUCUGCCAGCCGCCUCCGUGCAGCCUCCACCGAGUUCAAGAAACACACACAACUGCUCCUCGAGAUGAGGAAGGAUCUGGAAUUCAUAUUCAAAAAGAUUAGAGCUAUUAAAACUAAAUUAAGUACACAAUAUCCCGAAGCAUACAAAUCAGCAGUAGCAGCAUCAAUAGCCAACAGAAGGCCAGCAGAUGACGACGAUGAUGAAGACUUCAAGGCUUCCGAGACCAGACCAGAAUCCAAAAUGGUGGCAACUGUCUCCACGGAAACCCUGAAACCUACCACUAGUGAUACUGGCAAGAAAUCAAAGAAAAAAGAUAUGACUAGUGACGAGAGUAACAAUAAUAAGGAACCUAGUGUUGCCAGUGAAGAAAAUCCUAAAACUGUUGGUAGGAAAGUUAAAAGAAAUAGUAGUUCUUCCGAGACGGAGAGUGCUAGUUCUGGUGAUGAUAGCAGUACGGAUACGGGCUGAAAAUUAUCCUCUUAUAUAUGAAUAUAUUUAUGUAAAUAUUAAUGAAUCAUGUCUAGGAUACUAUUUAGCUUAUUACUACACACAACUAUGUUAGCUCUCAUACAUUAUCCAAAGACCAGUUGUGAAAAAAAAAAAUUGGAACUGAAGUCUUUUUUGCUGGCUUUAAUACAUAUGCAGUAGAUUUACCGCCUGAUUUACCACCUGCAUAUAAACUACUUAAUAAACUUAUGUAGUCAGUUCAAACAAAUGACAUUUGGAAUUCAAAUUUAUCUGGUACAUUACGGCUAUCCAGAGAUUGUGAAACAGGCCCUAUAUGUAAAAUAUGUAUGAUUCUUUCUUACUAGUCCCCACACAGGAAAAAAACACCUACUGCAGCAACAUUUUUUAGAAAAUAAAUAAAAACUGGUACUUUUUAAAAAACCAUUGGUAAAAAUAUUUUUGUAAAUGCAUAUAGAAAAAAACAUGAACUACUUACAUGUAAAAAGAACAUAGUCAACCUCCUUUGUGAAGUCUAUUAUAUAAAAAUAAGUCGGGUUUUCCUUCCUGACGCUAUAACUCCAGAUCGCACGAACCGAUUUCCACGGUUUUGCAUUCGAUGGAAAGGUAACGGGUUCCGUGAUGUUUAUAGCAAAGAAAAUUAAAAAAAAAAAAAACAAGAAAAGAGCA